CCAAAGGCCCCGGAGGCAAUCGGCGGCAGGACUGGGCUGGGGCCGGUCCCAAGGCCUUGCCGGGCCGCAUCCGGCCCGCGGGCCGUACGUUGCCUACCCCUGCCCUGGAAGGUAGGGUAGGAGUUGGAGUGAGACAAACAAAUGAAAGUUGAGCAGAAAGACAGAGGUUUUAGAAAACCUAGAAAUGAUAUCUAAUACCAAUGAAACCUGCAUUUAUCCCAGACCUACAGAAAUGAGACAAUGAACCAUUAUACAGAUCGAUUCAUAAUAAGAUUUAUUUAUUUAUUUAUUUAUUUAUAAAAAUGUGAUGAACUUAGUCUUUAAAAAGUGAAAAUAACUGAAAUCUUAGAUACAUUACACACUGGCACUGAAACGUCGCCCCUCUUUGUUGCACAGCGUUGCCACAGCAACCAAACUACUGUAUGGGGAAACGCUGAGCAGCAAAAAAAGAAGCUGCCUGGAAUGGUUUCUUUUGUGCAGUGUUGUAAGGGUUGCAAUGCAGCCCUAUGCACCGCUUCCUCUAAAGGACGUGUGGGCACUCAGACGCCCACACAUCAUCUAUAUGCCCCCCAUGUGGGUGGUGCUGCUCAAUAAUGGCGCCGCCCACACAUCACAGUGCUUGGGAGCUUGUGGUUGGUGCACACUCCCAAGCCCUACUAUCGCCGCCUGGCGGUGUGUACCGGGCUCCUAUUUACUAUGAAGGCAUCCAAGAUUGGAAGAAGAAAAAUAUGAAUUGGAGACAUUUGAACUCUCCGUGUUAUAAUUCACUUCAUCAGAUGCAUGGAGUAUAAGUUUAGAAUUUCAGAUAUAUAUACACAAUGCAUUCCUGUACCUGUGAAUUCAAUGGGAUUUACCUCCCCAGUAAGUACGCUCAGGGGCAAGAUCCAGUAGUUGGAAGAUUGCACCAGCUCCCCUGGAUCUUAGGGGGUUACCCCCACCCUGUUAUUUUAAAGGCCAAAUGUCUUCCUUGAAAAUUGGCCAAAUGCACCUCCAAAAGGGAGAGGAUGAAAAGCAUUUUCAAGCCAUUUUAUGGUAUCUGGGAUUGUUUUAGUGCCAGGUUUUUUGAUUUUUUGGGGGGUUGAAACUGGUACAAAAAGAGUCUUUUCCCUCAAGGAAAAUAACCUGAAAUGGUUAACCAUAAUUCAAGAGCAUGCAGCUGUAAUCUCGGGGACUCAGUAAUAUUUGGGAAUUCAUGGAGAACAGGAGAGACAUGAGCAGACUGGAGGAGGUAGAAGCUGUUCCCAUCUUCAAAAGGGAAAAAUAGAGGACCCAGGUAACUACUGACCUGUGAACCUGAUAUUAAUACCAGGAAAGAUUUUGAAACAGAUCAUUAAUCAGUCCAUGAUCACUUAGAAAGGAAUGCUGUGAUUAUUAAGCGUCAAUAUGCUCUUUAAAAUUUAAAAAAUAAGUCAGACCAGUUUAUCUUCAUUUAUUUUUUCUUUUUUGACAGUGUUACAGGCAUAGUACAUCAGGGGAAUGCUGUAGAUGUAGUAUGUCUUGAUUUGAAUAAGACUUUUGACAAGAUUCCAUAUGGUAGUUUUGCUCAUCAACAGACUGAACUCAAAGAGUGCUUCCGGCUAGGGGAAGAGAUAGGGUGGAUGGGUGGGGGGCGCACAGGGAUUUGUCCUGGGGCUGCUAUUGUUCAACAUUUUUAUAACAACCUGAAUGAUUGAGUAGAAGGCAUGCUUAUAAAAAAAAUCAAAUUAUACCAAAUCUGGAGGGGUAACUGAUAUUCUGGACUUCUUGAAAAAAUGCUGUAUUUAUUACAGAAAUUAAUAUAAAGUAUUAGGGUUGCCAAACCAGUAUGGUAUAGUGGUUUGUGCAUCAGACUAUGACUUUCGAGAACAGGGUUCGAAUCCCCGUUCAGCUAUGUAAAACUACAGUUAACAACAAACAGCAACAAUGUUAAGGCUUCCAGUUCAGAAUCUUCAUAGGCCCUGAGUUUUCCAGACCAAAACCUGAGACCAAGUGACAGUCCCUGGUGAUGUCAUUAAGUGUUAUGAAUUAAGUGCCAGCCACAGUUGCUCACAGCUUGUUAUUCAAAAACCCACAAAAAGAGACACAGAGAGAACAUAUUUGUCUAUUUGUAAAUUAAGAUAGAAAUCUUAACUAAAGGGACUGCUUCCAGAUUAGAGAGGUGUGGUAAUGAACCUUUAAUGUAGCCUACUGGCUCCUAGCCGUAGAGUGGAUCCAGAGCAGAGUGGAGAAUGAGCCUUGGCACCACAAUGAUUGAGGGGGAAGGAGGAAAUUGAAUAAGUAAAUAUGUAGAUUUCCCUGGGGAAGGAGGUUGCAGCAAUGGAUCAAUCAAGCCUUUCUAGUUGUAGUAAGAUGCAGCAGUCCUACCUGAGUUGAAGAUUGCACAUAACCCUUUCCUCUCUCAAAACUGGAGAAUUUGUACCUUCACCUGCUGCCUGAAGAUGACUAAUGAAAAUUGGAAUUGCUGGGCCAGGUCCUGAGAUCUGGCAACCCUAUAAGUAUUGGUUUGCACUAAAACAUGGCUAUCGGGCUGCAUUUAAACUAAAGAGUUCAAGAGACAUGUCAAUUGAUGUUCCUACCAGCCUCCUUCAUAAAAGAGCCAUUGAUGCAAUGGCAGAUAUCAGUAUGCUUCGGCUAUUUAAGACAUACCUGGAAAGCACACCCCAACUUAUUCUUCAGAUCUAUAUCCUUAUGGCAUCCGACAAUCGUAUCUUCAGUCAGUAUGUUUCCAUCACUGUCUCUUCCAUCAGCAUUUCUUGUGCAACUGUGGAUUAUCAGAUUGCUUUACGAAAAUCCUUGCUGGAUAAAAAUAAAUUUGUCAGAACAUCUUCCAAAUUGAUGUAUUUUUUUUAUAAGCUGUUGACUUUAACUUCUUGGAUACUUAGCACUGUGUUGGUAGCAAUACUGAGCAUCAAAAUUUCCAUCGUUCUCCUUGUGUUUCUCUGGUUUGGGAGUAUAAUUUGGGUACAUAAGCAACACACUACAUUUUGUAAAUCCAGAACAGCAGAAAUCAUCUACAGGAUUAUUGUGGGAAUUAUUCUUAUUUUUACCUUUUUUAAUAUUAAGGGAGAAAAGACAAAAAUUCCAAUGUCUGUCUAUUAUGUCAUUCGUAUACUUAUAACCUUAUCUAUAUUGACUGCAAGCUUGUUCUGGAAAUCAACUUUUAAUGGGAAAUUACACUUGUCAUUUGUGAUCACUGCAGUGGCCCUCACCCUAGUAUUAGGUAUUAUUUUUCUUAUUGUUUAUUAUGCAAUUUUUCAUCCUAGUAUUUAUUAUGCACAAGAUGUAGUUGAUGGACCACAAAAUGAAAGGAAUGAAAACUGCAGAAUAAGGGGAUUCCUGAUGCAAUAAAUCUCAUGAAACAAACUGUUGUUGCUUUAAUUUUCUUUCCAUAUUAAAGACAACAACAAAGCAAAACAAGACAUCAUGGGAUUGCCAUUUACUAUCUAUAGUGGUAUUUAUUUCUAAAAUAGACAGAUGCUAACUGGAUACAUUUAAUAGCAAAAUGCAAAGCCCCGUUGUUUCCAAAUCAGGACCACAAUCCACAUCAGCUCCCUCUGCUUACUUUAGAGUGGGAAUUUGCAAAGUGUACUGUGGGCCACACAUGGCCCCCAGACUAUUUUAGGACCAAGGGAUCAAUCUGUUUUGCAAAUGGGGGCAUUUUGCUAUCCUUUUGCCCCCCAGACCAUUUUAUGCCCAGGUGCUCUGGUGCCACAACAAAUGACAAUUUGCAGAAUUCCAUAGAAUGGAACCAUGACAGUUGAAGGAGAUUAGUGCACCAGUUUUUAUUCCCACACUAGGAGUGGGAUGUAAUCACACAAGGAUGGAUUCUAUCACACAGCUCCAUUCCUGGGCACUGAUCCCAUACUUGACUCGGGCUUCUUUGGACCUUUUAAAUAACAGGAUUCUUUAAAAGGUCUGGGAGAAGCCAAGGUCGGGUAUGGGAUGAAUACUGCCCGGGGACAGAGCUGUGCAAUAGAAUCCAUUCCUGUGCAUUUACAUACCGUGCCCAGCAUGGGAAUAAAAGCCAAUGUACUAAUCUCCAAAGUGAUGUCAAAACGGAUUAUUUCUGCUGUGUGGAUGCAGCUUCAGUCUUCUAUCUUGCAGGACAGCCCUUCUUUCAUGUUAUGUCUUGAUUUCACCACAGGAGGGCUCCUUUGUAAGAAACAAGAAUGGGAAACUUCAGAAUCAACUGUAAGAAAAAUAAGGAUGGCAGAAGAACAAUCCCUAAGGCUACAGCUGUAUAGUGUCCUUCUAGUGUCCCUUGAAAAUUCUAUAUGAGCCUUCAUAUAUCAGAGGUCAUGCAGUAACAAGGAGAUGUACAUCUUUUUUUGUGGGGUUUUUGGGCUAUGUGGCUGUGGAAGAGUUUAUUCUUGAAGUUUCACCAGCAUCUGUAGCUGGCAUCUUCAGAGAAUGCUGGCAUGGAAAAGAAUGGUGUAUAUAUACUGUG